AGACGCAAACGUACAACCAAUGCACACAACCAUCUCUCUCUUGAUUACAUUAUAUUAACCGAAUAAAAAAAAUAAAAGGUGAGAACUUUGAGUAGAAAUAGGAACGCAGAGAGAGACAGAGAGAGAAGCAAUGAAAAGCCUAGCAAACUAGAGAGAGAGAGAGAGAGAGUAAAAAAAGAAAAAAAAACGCAAAGGGCAAAUCGGAGGGCUCAAAAGGGGCUUUGGGAGAAGAACAAGAAGGGGAGAGAGAGAAAGAAAGCUGUGUAGAUACAUACAGAUAGAUACAUGUAGAGAGAGAGAGAAAGCGUGCAUCUGUAUGUGUGUCUGGACGGUGUAGUGUGUGAAAGGGGGCAAUUAAAAGUGAAACUGCAGCAUUUGGUCUGCGCAAUCCUCAACAUCCCCUCCUUUUCCAAAGCUCCUCUUGUCUCCCCUUCAAAUUAGAAACCCACUUUCUCUCCCCUCGCCGGGAAACUUCAUCUCCGCCGCCGCAAUAAUCACCGUGCCCUUUUUUCUCCUGCUUUGAUCCAGCUCAGCUGAAGGAAGAAAAAGAGAGGUGCGUAGCUGUUUGAUCACCUUCAUAAGGUUAAAGAUUGGAUUUUUUGUGGUGGGGAAUAUUCUCCGGCGGGAUGAGGCUCCGGUGAUAAGCUCCGGCCAUCUAUAUUAAGGUGGGUAAGGCCUUCUCGGGGGCAGCGAGAGAUAUAGAAAAGAAAUGAAGACGGCGAGCACCGGCGCCGGAGGUCAGCCGGCGAACGCCGCCGCCGUUGAAGUAGAGAAGAAGAAUAUUAACGCAGAGUUAUGGCAAGCGUGCGCCGGACCUCUGGUGAAUCUGCCGGUGGCUGGGACCCACGUCGUAUACUUCCCUCAGGGCCACAGUGAACAGGUUGCUGCUUCGAUGAAAAAGGACGUAGAUGCUCAAAUCCCAAACUACCCUAAUCUUCCAUCGAAGUUGUUAUGCCGUCUUCACAAUGUCACCCUUCAUGCUGAUCCAGAAACAGAUGAAGUAUACGCGCAGAUGACACUCCAACCAGUGCCAUCGUUUGACAAGGAUGCUUUGUUGAGGUCUGAUUUGUCAAUGAAAGCAAAUAAACCCCAAACAGAGUUCUUCUGUAAAACCUUGACUGCUAGUGAUACUAGCACUCAUGGGGGUUUCUCUGUGCCUCGUCGUGCUGCAGAAAAGAUUUUCCCUCCUUUGGAUUUCACAAUGCAACCUCCUGCACAAGAGAUUGUUGCCCGAGAUUUACACGACAGUGUUUGGACUUUUCGCCAUAUUUACCGGGGACAACCGAAGCGCCACUUACUUACUACCGGAUGGAGCCUCUUCGUGAGUGGAAAGAGGCUGUUUGCAGGCGACUCGGUGCUAUUUAUUAGGGAUGAAAAACAGCAGCUUCUUUUAGGCAUACGGCGUGCUAACAGACAACCGACCAACUUAUCAUCAUCGGUAUUGUCAAGUGACAGCAUGCAUAUAGGUAUCUUAGCUGCAGCUGCCCAUGCUGCGGCCAACAACAGCCCUUUCACCGUCUUUUACAAUCCAAGGGCUAGUCCAUCGGAGUUUGUCAUCCCUUUGGCCAAGUACUAUAAAGCGGUUUGCAGCAACCAGAUAUCUCUUGGCAUGCGAUUCCGGAUGAUGUUUGAAACCGAAGAAUCUGGGACACGAAGAUAUAUGGGUACAAUAACCGGGAUCAGUGACCUGGAUACCGUCAGAUGGAAGAACUCCCAGUGGCGCAACUUGCAGGUUGGCUGGGAUGAGUCCACUGCUGGUGAAAAGCGUAAUCGCGUCUCCAUCUGGGAGAUCGAACCCGUGACUGCCCCAUUCUUUAUCUGCCCCACGCCACCUUUCUUCCGUUCCAAGCGCCCAAGGCAACUAGGAAUGCCAGACGAUGAAUCUCCUGAUCUCGACAACAUAUUCAGGAGGACGAUGCCCUGGCUUGGUGACGACUUUGGCUUGAAAGAUCCCCAAGCUCUGACUGGCCUGAGCUUGGCUCAAUGGAUGAAUAUGCAGCAAAGCCCGUCGCUUGCAAACCCAAUGCAACCGAACUAUAUGAGUCCGUUGUCUGGUUCUGUUCUUCAGAACCUCACCGGUGCUGAUAUCUCGCGGCAGUUAGGCAUGCCGGGAACUCAAAUCCCUCAGCAGAACAACUUGCAGUUCAAUGCCCAGAGGCAAAUGCAACCGUCUCAACAGCUAGAUCAACUGCAGAAGCUCCAGCCUUCCACAUUGAGCCCGAUGGCCUCGAUCAUGCAGCCACAGCAGCAGUUGAGUGAUAUGACUCAAUCGAGGCAGAACUUAAUCGGCCAGACUUUACCUAGCAGCAGCCAAGUUCAGUCUCAGAUGUUGCCGUCGCAGAACCCUAUCCAAGCUCAACACCAGUCUCUUCUAAGCCAUCAACUGCAGAUGAACCUAUCACAGAAUCUGCCUCAACAGCAGCAACAGCAAAUGUUGAGUCAUUCUCAACAACAAAAUUUGAUGCAGCCGCAGGCGUCUGAUCACGUCAACCAGCAGCUGCACGUGCCAGAGAACCAAAUACAGAUGCAGCUUCUGCAGAAGUAUCAUCAGCAACAGCAAUCAAUGAUGGCACAGCAGUCUGCCAUGCAGCAGCCAUCUCAACUGGCGCAGCUCCAAGAUCAUCAAAAGCAGCAAUUAGACAUUCCACCGAGCUUUUCCAAGCCUAUGUCAACGAGCCAAAUGUUGGAUGUGUCUCAAACAACAUCCAGUAUGAUCCCUCAGUCUCAUGUUCUUUCCCAGCAGAUGACGAGAAAUAAUAGCCAAGCGAAUCCUCGUUUUGCUCAGCCACCUCAGCAACCAAAACUUCAGCAACAGCAGCAGCAGCAGCAACCGGGGAUGCUAUCGGAGUUACCAGGACACAUGGGGCAAACGUUUCAGCCUUCAGCCGGUAGCAGCAGUUUGUUAACAGGUGCUGCCGGUGGAGGUCAAUCAGCAGUUACAGACGAUGUCCCGUCCUGUUCAACUUCACCAUCGACAAAUAACUGCUCAAAUGGAGUCCAGUUGAUGAUGAACGGCAAAAACCAACGCGCUACAAUGGUAGGGGAUGAGAUUGCUCAGUCUUCAGUCACUCAGUUGAAUUCGAGUGGUUUAGAGACUAUACCGUCUAGCAGUAACCUAGUCAAAGAUUUACAGCAGAAGAGUGAUGUCAAACCUUCGUUAAACGUAUCCAAAAGUCAGAACCAUGGUUUCUUCGCAUCACAAACCUACCUCAAUCCUGCUGGAACACAGAUAGACUACUUGGAUAGUUCGUCUUCAGCAACAUCAGUUCUUUCUCAGAAUGAUCUCCACAUUCCACCAAAUAACAACUCAAUGUCGUUCAACUCCCAGUCGAUGUUGUUUAGAGAUGCAAGCCAUGACGGGGAAGUUCAGGGCGACCCAAGGAGCAAUCUUGCUUUUGGGGCCAACAUUGAGAAUCAGUUGGGAAUGCCGAUGAUGCCUGAUACAUUGAUCACUAAGGACAUGGUUGGAUCGGGUAAAGACUUUGCUACUGAUGUCCCGUCUGGAGGAGGCAUGCUCUCUGGCUUUGACAACUCGAAGGAAGCUCAGCCUGAGCUAUCAUCAUCAAUGGUUUCACAGUCAUUCGGAGUUCCAGAUAUGACAUUCAAUUCCAUUGAUUCCACAAUAAAUGACGGUAGCUUUAUGAACCGAGGUGCUUGGCCUCCGCCUCAGAUACCUCGGAUGAGGACAUACACAAAGGUGUACAAACGUGGGGCCGUUGGAAGAUCAAUUGACAUUACUCGCUAUGCAGGAUAUGAUGAGCUUAAACAAGAUCUGGCUCGUAGGUUUGGCAUAGAGGGACAACUAGAGGACAGGCAGAGAAUCGGCUGGAAACUCGUAUACGUGGAUCAUGAGAAUGACGUCUUGCUAGUUGGCGAUGACCCUUGGGAGGAAUUCGUGAACUGUGUGCGUUGCAUAAAGAUCCUUUCGCCUCAAGAGGUUCAGCAAAUGAGUUUGGAUGGAGAUUUUGGGAAUAGUGUCCUUCCAAACCAAGCUUGUAGUAGCUCAGACAAUGGUGUGAAUUAGUUGGAUACAAUUUCUAGACGAUUCUUUUUUCCACAUGGGAAGCAUAGCAAUGGCUUAUCAGCACAACUUCACUGCCCUCUAACCUCAAGUUGGUCAUUGGCCACAGAUAAGACGAGGUUUCAUUAAGGGUGGACAAAGCUUCUCCGCCGGGUGUUUUUUCAGGCAUGGGAGCUCUGCUGUGUGUUUUAGGAAAAGCUGAUAAGCCGAGAAAUAGAUGGAGUCUUGUUAGGAAGCAUGAUGGCAUAGUGUGUUUCCACAUUUCUCCAUCUUUGGUUAGAGAGCCAGAGCUUGAGUUAUGUAUGCAUCAUAUAGUUUCGAAUUGUAUAGACCACUAGAUAUGUUUUCAGUUUCGCUUUGUGAUGCCAAUGUUUAACUAUAAAUAUAAAUCGUAGCAUUCAAGGGAGUAACCGAAAAUAAAAUCUUGCCACACAACAACACUGUCAUGGUGUUUGUCA